AUGGCCGAGUUUAAUAAUCAGAACCUUAAAGCAGAACAACCUGAAGCUGCUCUGAAAGAAAAACCAAAACCUAAACCUGCUCCAAAGAUUAAAGCAGAACCUGCAGUUCUAAAAGAAAAGCCAAAACCUAAAGAAGCACCAAAGAAAGAACCGGUACCAAAAGAAAAGAUAAAACUGGAUCUUCCUCUAAAGAAAGAAGCAGAACCGGUACCAAAAGAUAAAACUAAACUGGAUCUUCCUCUAAAGAAAGAACCUAAAGCUGCUCUGAAAGAAAAACCAACAACUAAACCUGCUCCAAAGAUUAAAGGUACUUCUGUUUUUAUUAAAUGUUAG